AUGCGUGCGCCGCUCGCCGAGCCGUGGCAGGCCUACGCGGGCCUGGAGCGUCUGUCGACGUUCCGCGAUGCCUCGGACGCCGAGGCGAUCGUGUGGCUUGAUAUUGACAAUACGCUCUACUCGCACAUGGAGACGCGGAUCUCUGACCGCAUGGUCGAGCGGAUCCGAGCGUAUUUUCUUGCGCUGGGGAUGAGCGAGCGCGAGGCAGACGAGCUGCAUAUGCACUACUACAAAGAGUACGGCCUCGCGAUCCGCGGGCUCGUGCGCCACCACACGAUCGACCCGAUGGACUACGACGAAAAGUGCGAUGCCUCGCUGCCGCUCGACUCGCUUCUGCGGCCGGACGACGAGGUGAUCGGCAUGCUGACGCGCCUCGACCGUACGCGCACGCGCGUGUACGCCCUGACGAACGCGUACAAAUUCCACGCGCGGCGCGUCCUGCGCCUGCUCCACCUCGACGCGCUGGUCGAGGGCAUCGUGUACUGCGACUACACGAACCCGGACUUGUACCCCUACGCCGAGUUUUACCUCGCUGCCGAGGCAGCUGUCCAGGCACCCGCGGGCGUGCGCCACUACUUUGUCGACGACAGCCGCACGAAUAUUGACGCGGCGCGGCGCCUCGGCUGGGCGCACUGCGUCCACUUCGACGAGACGUGCACCGACGCGUCCGCGCGGGACGUGCCGACGGUCGCGCGCCUCGGCGAGCUCGAGCGCCACCUCCACCUGAUUCGUAGCUCGUACCACGACGGCAUGCUGACCGCCCCGGAUGCGCCGCUCGGCGCGGCGCCCGUGUCGUGGCUGAGGCGUGUGCAUGCCCAGCUGGAGCAGCGCGCGUACAGCCGGCCGUGGCUGUUCAUGCUGCUGUACGGCAUGGCGCUCUUUGUGAUCGUGCGCGGCGUGCUCUUCGUCGUCUUCUACGAGUCGACCGACGUGGCGCCCGUCCGCGUGCUCGACGAGUACAUGGCCGACCUCGAGUUUGAUCCCGCGUCGAAUGCGACGUUUACCGCGGCGUCGUUCCCAGCGGUGGUCAACCCGUCCGCCAUAUGGCCCAACGCCACGUCGGGCGGCGCGGACCCGCACCGCGGCGAGCUGGACGCGCACACCCUCGCGGUGCUGCGGGAGCCGCCGCCGCUUGUGCCGCCGCCGGCGGCCAAGCCGCUGAUGAGCGACUGGGAGACGGUGCUCGCGCCCUAUACCCAUGUGCCAUGGACGCCCGAGCGGAACGGCUCGCGCACCGAGCCGGACGAUGCGAUGCGCCCGACGGCGCAGCCGGUCGAGCCCGACUGGCGCGGUGUGCCAUGGAGCGAGUGGCGGCCGCCGCUCGCGAACCUGAGCGCGCCUGGCCGGCCGCUGCCGCGCGUCCAGUACGCGUUUGAGGACGACCGCACGUACUCGGGGCAGCGCGCGAACCGCACGCGCGAUGCGGUGCUGCAGGAGCGGCAGCGGCUCGUCAAGCAUGCGUUCCUGCAUGCGUGGCAGAGCUACAAGACGCAUGCGUGGGGCGCCGACGAGGUGCGGCCGAUCAGCGGCGAGCCUGCGAACGACUUUAACGGGUGGGGCGCGACGAUUGUCGACGCGCUCGACACGCUGCUGGUGAUGGGCCUGCACGACGAGUAUGCGCUGGCGCGCGAGCAUGUGCACGACAUCGACUUUCUCGUGGUGUGCGGCGAGCGCAGCGCGUACGGCGCGGCCGACGGGCGCGUGCCUGUGUUUGAGACGGCGAUCCGGUACCUGGGCGGCUUCCUGUCCGCGUACGACCUGACGGGCGACGCGCUCAUGCGCGAGCGGGCGGAGGAGCUCGCGCAGCUGCUGCUCCCUGCGUUUGACACGGUCACGGGCGUGCCGAUCGGGCGCAUGCGCCUGCACGAUGCGCGCCAGCGGGUCCCGACGGGCGGCCGCGGACGCGGCGAGAGUGUGAUCCUGUCCGAGGCCGCGAGUAUGCUGCUGGAGUAUACGCGCCUGUGGCAGGUCACGGGCAACCGCACGUACUGGGACCGUGUGCAGCGCGUGACGGACGUGCUCGACACGCACUUUGCGAACCGCAGUGAGCUGGGCACACUGAUCCCGACGCGCAUCUACAUGGACCCGGUGGUACUCGCGGGCAAGUACACGCUCGCGGCGCAGGCCGACUCGUACUACGAGUACCUGAUCAAGGAGCACCAGCUCCUGGAUGGGCGCCUCGCGCAGUACGCGCGCAUGUACGAGGAGGCGAUGGACAGCGCGAUGGUGCACCUGUUCCGCGACGUGGGCGUGGUGCCGCACUCGCCGAACCUGCUCGUCGCGGCCGAAGUGCAUGCGCGUCAGCCGUACGUGGCGAAGCUGGAGCACCUGGGGUGCUUUGCCGGCGCCAUGCUGGCGCUCGGCGGGCGCCUGCGUCCCGCGCGCCCGUACGACCUGAACAUUGCGCGGCGGCUGACCGAGACGUGCUACUGGGCGUACAACAGCAGCGCGACGGGGAUCGGGCCCGAGAUGAUCCAGUUCUUCCGGCCGACCGACACGGACCGCUUCCGGAUCGUGACCGAGGCGGACGGCACGCGGCGCCGCGGCGCCGCGACGGGCUACCCGCUGGUGGGCAUGCGCCAGGUGUACGUGGAGUACCGCAACCGGCCCGAGACGAUCGAGAGCGUGCUGUACAUGUGGCGCACGACGGGCGAUCCCGUGUGGCAGGAGCGCGGCUGGCAGAUGUUUGCGAGCUGGAUGACGCAUGGCCUGUCGAACGCCGGCGUCGCGGCCCUGCAGAACGUGAACCGCGUGCCGGCGGCGCAGCUGGACAGCAUGGAGAGCUACACGCUGGCCGAGACGUUCAAGUACUACUACCUGCUCUUCUCGCCGCCGGCGCUCGUCAGCCUGGACGAUUUUGUAUUUACGACCGAGGCGCACCCCCUCCUGCUCCCCCAGCGCGGGCGGUGGGCGGCGGCGGGGGCGGUGCCCCCGUCGUUCCCGCGGCCGCCCUCGUCGUGGCCCGCGCUGACUCGCCCGCGCGGCGGCAUGACGCACCAGCAAAAGGCGCUCUUGUACGCCCAAGUGCGCCAGGCGGGCGGCUUCCUGUCCAAGUUCUCGUUCCUGCGCACGCACACGGCGCCGCCCGCGACGGCCUAG